GGGGCACAAAACGCCCCACCAAGCCAGGAGCGAGGCCGGGGGGCACCGACCAACGGGCCAGGGGCAAAACCCAACCAACGCAAAACGGGCGGGCACCAAGACGGGCAGGGAGGCAGGGGGGGCAGGGGGAGGCCAGGCCAACCCGCACAGCGCAAAAACCACGAAGGGCAGGGGCACAAAACGCCCCACCAAGCCAGGAGCGAGGCCGGGGGGCACCGACAACCGGGCCAGGGGCAAAACCCAACCAACGCAAAACGGGCGGGCACCAAGACGGGCAGGGAGGCAGGGGGGGCAGGGGAGGCCGGCCAACCCGCACAGCGCAAAAACCACGAAGGGCAGGGGGCACAAAACGCCCCACCAAGCCAGGAGCGAGGCCGGGGGCACCGACAACCGGGCCCAGGGGAAAACCCAACCAACGCAAAACGGGGGGCACCAAGACGGGCAGGGGAGGCAGGGGGGGCAGGGGAGGCCAGGCCAACCGGCACAGCGCAAAAACCACGAAGGGCACGGGGCACAAAACGCCCCACCAAGCAAGGGAAAGGACAGGACAGGGCGACAGCAGAGGCGAGGCCAGGGGACCAAGGAGGGGCAGCCGCGAGAACGAAAAACGGACAGGGGGGAAGAGAGGACAAAGACAGGGAGAGAAAGCAGGGGAGGGGGAGAGGAAGGGGAGGGACGAAGCAAAGCGACAAGGGCGGAAGCGCAGGGGAGCGGGGCAGCAAGGCCACGCGGCCACGGACAAGACCCGGGCGCGGAGGGAAGGCGGCGGCAAAGGAGGCGACCCGGCGGGCGAGAGGAAGGGCGCGGCAAGGCGGCGCGCAAGGAGGAGGCGCCGGACAAGGGGCACCAACGACACGGGCCGCGGGGGGCCGAGGCCCCCGACGGCGGGGCGGCAAACAAACAACGGGCGCACGCAGCGCGGCGAGCCCGGAGGCGGACGGAGAGGCGGGCAGGCAGAAGCCAACGCACGGGAGCGGCGCGCCACGGGCGGGCAACCAAGCGCGAGGACCAAGGGGCGAAGCAACGGGGCCGCGCGGACGAGGGGAAGGACGAGGGCGACACGGGCAGCAGGAGGGGAAAACGAACCGGGCGCACGACGGGCGAAACCCAGCGCACGGGCCCGAGGGGGGGGAACAAGCCAACACGGGGGAAGGCGGCGGCACAAGGAGAGGAAGAGCCGACAGCGAAGGAGCAAAAAGCAACGGCGCGAGGAACGCGGGGCGGCCACAAGCCAGGGAGCCCGGGGGAACGGGCGGACACCGCGAGCGGCAAAGGCCGAAGGACGAAAGGAGCGAGAGGCCACGCGGGCACGGGGCGGAGGCGGACGGGAAAGCAGAAGCAAACGAGCGGGACCCGGGGGCCACACGAGAGGGCGGGCGCGGGGAGCGCAGCGGAGGACACCGGCGGGAGCGGGGAACAGAGGGGCCGCCCCAGCCAAACGCCCCACCGGACAAGGGCGGCCGCCCGGAGCGACCGACCGAAGGCGACCGGGGGCCAAAAAGAGGGGCAGCGCCCCGCCGCCGAGGCACGGAAGAAGGAAAAGAACGGGAAAAGGAGGGGAGGGCACGGGCGCGGGGCCAGCGCCCACGGAGCCGACACCGCGCAAGGCAGGCACAAAGGCGGACGAGAGGCAAGCGCAACAGGGGCGGCGGGCCCCGCGGAGGCCGCCAAGCCCGGGCCCGGGGCGGGGGGCGCGGGAGAGGAGACAGGGACAGGGGGAAGCGCGGGAAGCCAGGCAGGCGCGGCACGAAGGAGAGGACGAGGCAGGGGCGACCGGAAGAGAGGCAGAGGGACGCCCGCCGGGACCCGCGCGGGGGGAAGGGCGGCACGGGGACAGGCAGAGCACGGGGCAGAAAGCACAGGGCGGCAACAGCCGCAAGGACCAGCGCAAGGCGGGGGGAAGGAAACAGGCGGAGGCCCCGGGCCGGACCAGGGCGGAGGCGACGGGGCGACGCCCGGGGAAGAGGCCCCGAAGGGCCCGGGCCCAAGCCGGCCCCCGACCGGCACGCGACGACCCGCGCGCGCCGCGAAAGCAGCGCGAGCAGGCCACCGACAGCCGACGGGGCGGGACGGGGACCCCCGGGCCCAGCCCGCAGAGCCAAGCCGGGCCCGAGGGACGGAGCCAGGGGCCGACGGCCCGGGCCGACAGGGGCCAGCGACCAGAGGCGGGGCACCGGGGAGACCGGAGGCGGGAGGAGGACGACCAGGCGGGGGAGGCACGCGGGCCGCCGGAGGGCAAGGGCCGCCGGGGGCGCACCGGACACCACGCGACGGGCGGGGCGCGGCCAGCCGCGGGACCCGACCGCCGGCGGAGCCGGGGCCAGGGGGGGCAGGCGGGGAAACAGAAAAGAGAACGCGGGCCGGGGCCCCCGCCGACGGCGCCGGACGCCCGAACGGGGCCGGCAGCCGCCACGGCCCGGGGCAGGAAGGGAACCCGAGGCCCGGGCGGAGGACGCGCGGAGAGCGCGAGCAGACGGGCGGCCCCCGGCCCGGAGGAGCGACGAACCCAGGGGCAAGGGCCGGGCACAGGGAACCGGGCCCCGCGGCGGCCGGCAAAGGGCGCAGGGGAAGAGGGCGACGACCACCAAGAGCGGCACCGACGACCGCGCCGCCCGGGCGCACGCCCGGGGGGGCAGCGACCGCCGCGCCCGCCGACGCAGCGAGGCGGGGACGGGCCCCGACGGCCGGGGAGAGGGCGCGCGCGGGAGCGCCAGCCAGGGCGGGGCGAGGGGAGGCGGCAGGGGAGGGGGACACACGCCGGAGCGGAGGGCGACGGCCAGGACCACCGGCCGGCGGGCGGAAGCGACCAACACCCGGGGGGGGCGAGGGGAGCGCGCAGGGCGGCACCGGAACCCAGCGGCCGGGGCAGCCCGCAGCGCCAGGGCGGCGGACCAAAAAGGGCCCACGGGGAGCGCGCGAGGCCGGGGCACGGCGCAACAGAGCAGCCGGGCCGGCCGACCGAGGGAAAGGGGAGAAGAGGGCGAGGGCGGGGCGCCCCCGAGGCCGCGAAGCAGGGGCGGGACCCGAGAGAACGCGCCCGCGGGCGCCAGCGAGCCGGAGGGAAACGGCGGAGGGAACCAGCGACGAGACGGGGCGAGGAGGCGGGCGCCCCGAGACCCAAGGCAGACGAACGAGGGGCACGGCAGGAGCGCGGCGGGCCGCCACCAGAGGGGCCGCGGGCGGCGCCCCGCGCAGGCAGAGGGCACCAGCGGGCGGGGCCCGACAGGGAGGCGCGCACGCGAACCCGGCACAGAGGAGCAGGGGCGGGCGGCGGGGCAACCCACAAGGGGAGCCCACCAAGCAGCGGCCGGGCGCCGGACGAGGGGACGCACCCGGGGACGCGCACACAGGGCAGACGCCGGGGGCCGGGGGGCAAGACGGGCCGAAGGGGGAGCCCACAAGCCGAGGCCCGGAGCACGCACGGGCCGAGACACGCCAGGAGGCGCGCACGGCCGGCCACAAGCGCAACGAGGACGGCGCCACGAGCAGGGCAACAGCCCGGGCGGGGGCCACCGGCACAAGCCGCAGCGAGCAAGGCCGCGAGGCGAGCGGCAGACCGGCGGGCACCGGGCCACAGCCGACCGAGACACAGCGCCGGCCCCCAGCCGCGGCCCGCCCGACAAGGGCAAGCACGCGGGGACGCGCGGGCAAAGGCCGGGGCAGCGGGCCCGCGCGGGACGGGGCGCGAGCGGGCGCGCACCAGGAGGGAGCCGGGGACGGAAGGGACCGCCCGAGGGGGCGGCAGGCCCAAACAACCCGACGCGCCGACAGCGCCGCGGGGGGCGACAGGGGCCGGGCACAACGGGGCGCGCACCCGCGCGGGCGCCCCCGGCCAGGGGACGGGGGCCCGGGCCGCCACGGAGGACGCGGCGCCAGACGACAAGGCGAACACCGAAGGCGAGCGAGGCGCAGGAGGGGCGGGGCCCGGGGCGCGCGCCGGGACGAGGGGAAGCCGGGGAGGGGCGGGGCCGCCGCGGAGGGAGAGGCGGAAACGCAGCGGGGAGCCCCGCCGGACCGGAGGGCGCGAGAAAAGCGGCGGCGGCAACAGGAACACAAAACACAACAGAGCCAACCAAGGACAGCCCCAAAGCACCACAGGCACGAGGGGGCGCGAGAGGGACGCAGCCACCAGGGAGGACGAGGGACGGCGCGAGGAACGGCGGGGGGAACCAACCACGAGGAAGGCCGCGCGGGAAGCCAACGGGCACCGCAAGGCACAGGGGCAGGGGGGGACAAGGGGGGACACCCAGGCAGGCGGGCCCGCAACCGAAGGGCGGCAGGCGCAACGGGCGGGCAAAGACGCGAGGGGGCACGGGAGGCGGCAAGGCACACCAAGGAGCGCAGGGCGCGACGGGCGGCAGCGAGGCAAGAGCCGAGAGAGCCGGGGCCGAGAGGCAGGGCAGGACAGGACAGGGCGAGGCCAAGGGAAAAGGGCCCGGAGAGGCGACCAACCAAAAAGGGACACAAGCCGGGGCGAAGGAAGCGCCGGGGGGAAGGGGGGCGAGAGAGGGGGCGCCAAAGCCAAAGGACAGAACACAAGCGCGCCCAACAGGGAAGGCAGGGAGGAAGCAAGGCCCGAGGCGGAGGGGGGAGCGAGGCAACGACAAGGAGCCGGCCGCAGGGGCACCGACGGAAACCGGGGACGACGGCGCCGGCCGCGAAAGGAGAAGGGGCAGGGGACGGCGCACCACGGCGCAGGCAGCGAACCGCCCACGGCGCCGCAAGCCGAACACGGCACCGGACCAGGCAAGCGGGAGGAGCGACGGGCGGGGGGACAAAGGGCAGGGACGGAGGCAACGCGAGCGGAGGACGCGCGCGGACGAGGAAGGCCGCGGGGAAGACCAACAAGGGCAAGGAGCGAGCCCCAGCACGAGGAAAGGGCAAAGAGGACCCGGGCCGGGCGGCCAAGGCGAGAGACGCGGGGAAGACAGCAGGGGAGCGCGCGGGCGGCCCAGAACAGCGAAGGGCAGCACAGACCGGGGAGGGCCGCAAACGGCCGGGGCCGAAGCGGCCAGAGGCCCGCGAAGAAGCGGGCCGGGGAAGGGACCGCCACAGAGCGAGGGAGCAGGCGGAGGGCGCGGGCGGGAACGGAAGGAACCAGACAAAGCGCGCCACCAACGAAGAACGGCCAGGCACCACCACCCAGAGAAGCAAGAAAGAGCGCGCAGGCGGGCAAGCCGGACGAGGGCGGGACCGGGGAAGGGGCCCCGGGGGAGGCAAAGGAAGCCGCAGGCGCCACGCCGGGGGGGCCCGGCCGGCAAGGCCGGGAAGGGGCAGCCGGGCGACCAGACGCCCCCCGGAACCCAAAGACGGGGAGGGCGCAGAAGGGGCCAGCGGAGGCCGAAAAGCAACAGCCGCGGAGCCCGGGGCGGCAGCGGGAGGGGGAGACGAGGACGGGAGCGGAGCGGCGGCGAGCCCCCAACGGGCGGGCGGGAGGAAGGAAAACAGCCGGGGCAAAGGCGGGCGCAGGGGGCGGCGGGCAGAAAGCCAAGAAGGGCACCGCGGACGAGGAAAGACGAAGGCCCCCGACGGGCCCGGGGAAGCAGGACGCCGAGCCCGAAGGCCAACACAAGAGGAGCAGAAGCCGGGGGGGGAGCCCAGGCGAAGGGAGCCAGAGCGGAGGCGGGCGGGGAGCACGCGAAGGGCGGCAAAGGAACAGCACCGGAGAGGCGGACCGAGCGACCCAACCCAAGGGCCAACGACGAGCGGGGAACGGCAACAACGGAAAGAGACGCGAGGGGAGCGGGAAGGACCGCGGCGGCGGGCACCAGACGGGCCCGCCAAGGGAGCCGCGGGAAGGGAGGGAGAGGGGACGCAGGCCAAGGACCAGACGCAAGGAGCCCGGGAGGGAGGAGGGCACGACCGCCCCGGGGCAGGAGGGGGAAGGGGCGCGCCGGCGGCCGGCCGGGGAGGGGGAGCCGGGGCGCAGGCGCCCGCGCCGGAAGCGAACCCGAAGGCGCCGGCACCCGGCACCACCAGGGGAGGCCACGAGCCGACCAGCGAAAGGGGAGAGGGCAGAAAGGGGAAGGAGGGGGCGCCGGCACAAAGGCCGGGCGAGCCGACGAGGGAGCAGGAAGCAGCAAAGCAACAGGCAGAGCCGGCGGCGACCGGGAGCGAAGAAAGGCAGCCCGGCCAGAAGGCGGGGGGGGGCACGGAGGAGCGCGAGAAGGACGACGGGGAGCCGAGGAGGAGAGACCAGCAAACAAACGAGAACGGAGGGAAGGAGCCAGGCGCAGGGGCACAGGCGGAAGGAGGGCAGACGGACACAGGCAGGGCGGAAGCGGGGAGACAAGCAGAGGACGACGGGCAGGAGCAACCAGGGAGCAGGCGGAGCGGACAACCAAGCACAAAACACGCCAAAGCAGGAAGGGCAAGGGGCAGGCGGCAGACAAAGGCGACGGCAGCCCAAGCGGGCGGACCGCGCACGGGACACAGGGGAGCAGACCCAACGGCCACACCACCCACGGGGGAAAAGCAAGAGGGCAAACGGGACGGGCAGAACAGCCCGCGGGGCCAACGGCAGCCCGCCAAGGGGCCGGCGGCACAGGGCGGCGAAGCGGCGCGCGGGGCCAACGGCAGCCCCCCAAGGGGCCGGCACGCAGGGGGGCCAAGGGCACGCGGGGCCAGCGGCAGCCCCCCAAGGGGCCGGGGGCGCAGGGCGGCCGAGGGCACGCGGGGCCAGGGGCAGCCCCCCAAGGGGCCGGGGCGCAGGGCGGGCGAGGGCACGCGGGCCAGCAGCAGCCCCCCAAGGGGCCGGGGGCGCAGGGGGCCGAGGGCACGCGGGGCCAGGGGCAGCCCCCCAAGGGGCCGGGGCGCAGGGGGGCCGAGGGCACGCGGGGCCAGGGGCAGCCCCCCAAGGGGGCGGGGCCAACAACCCAAGAGGCCAGAGGAGGCGGAGGGCGAGCGGGGCCGCCCCGGGCGGCCAACAACCCAAGAGGCCAGAGGAGGCGGAGGGCGAGCGGGGCCGCCCCGGGCGGCCAACAACCCAAGAGGCCGGAGGAGGCGGAGGGCGAGCGGGACCGCCCCGGGCGGCCAACAACCCAAGAGGCCAGAGGAGGCGGAGGGCGAGCGGGGCCGCCCCGGGCGGCCAACAACCCAAGAGGCCAGAGGAGGCGGAGGGCGCGCGGGGCCGCCCAGGGGGCCAACAACCCAAGAGGCGGGCGGAGGGGGAGGGGCACAGCGCGGCCCAGGAAGCCAACAACCAAAAGGGCGGGCGGAGGGGGAGGGCAGGAGGCGCGGCAGGCGAGGCCAACGGCCCAAAAACCGGCCGGCGGCGCAGGGCGGCGAAGGCGCCCGCGGGGCCAACGGGCCGCGAAGGGGCCCGCCGCGCAGGGGGCCAAGGGCACGCGGGGCCAGCGGCAGCCCCCCAAGGGGCCGGGGGCGCAGGGCGGCCGAGGGCACGCGGGGCCAGCAGCAGCCCCCCAAGGGGCGGGGGCGCAGGGCGGCCGAGGGCACGCGGGGCCAGCGGCAGCCCCCCAAGGGGCCGGGGGCGCAGGGCGGGCGAGGGCACGCGGGGCCAGCAGCAGCCCCCCAAGGGGCCGGGGCGCAGGGGGCCGAGGGCACGCGGGGCCAGGGGCAGCCCCCCAAGGGGCCGGGGGCGCAGGGGGCCGAGGGCACGCGGGGCCAGGGGCAGCCCCCCAAGGGGCGGGGCCAACAACCCAAGAGGCCAGAGGAGGCGGAGGGCGAGCGGGGCCGCCCCGGGCGGCCAACAACCCAAGAGGCCAGAGGAGGCGGAGGGCGAGCGGGGCCGCCCCGGGCGGCCAACAACCCAAGAGGCCGGAGGAGGCGGAGGGCGAGCGGGACCGCCCCGGGCGGCCAACAACCCAAGAGGCCAGAGGAGGCGGAGGGCGAGCGGGGCCGCCCCGGGCGGCCAACAACCCAAGAGGCCGGAGGAGGCGGAGGGCGAGCGGGGCCGCCCGGGGCGGCCAACAACCCAAGAGGCCAGAGGAGGCGGAGGGCGCGCGGGGCCGCCCAGGGAGGCAAACAACCCAAAAGGCCAGCGGCGGCGCAGGGCAACAGCGCCGCCCGCGGGGCCAACAGGCCCAAAGGGCGGCGGCGGCGCAGAGCCACGAAGAGCGCAGCACGAGGGGCCACAGGCCAGGGCCCACGGGGGGCAACAACACGGGCGCACACGGCCCGCAAGCGAGGACGGGCAGGACAGGCCAAAGCACAGCGGAGGGGCCGGCCAGCGCACGCAAGACGACGGGGGGGGAAGAACGAGAGGGGCACAACAAGGGCAAGGACAACGGCGCAAGCAAGGGACACAACCGAAGGAGGGGACGGGGGCGCGAAAGGAAACCCGAGGGCAGAGAAGGCACCGCAGCCAAAAGAACGAGCCACAACACGGGCAGCACGGAGAGGGGCACGAGAGGGAACACGGGCGGGACAGGAGGAGCCGCCAACACCGCGGCGGGAGGGAAAGAGAGAAGGCGAAGCAACCACAGAAGGACCGGCGAGGGGGAGGCAACACAGGGACGGAGCAACCAAGAGCACCCAAGGCAACGGGGGAAAAGGGAAGAGAGGCAGGCGGGACCGGGCGAGACGCAAGGCAGGGAGCCAGCCAGCAAGGGCAGCGCGAGGACAACGCACACACCCGCACGGGCGCAAGACACCACACCACAAGACGGGCCACCCCCCACCGACCAGGGGCAAGCAAGCAAAGGGAAACAGCAAGGGACGCAGGGGCAAGCAGCGCGAGGCAGGAAAAGAACGGGCCACAAGAGCCGAGGGACGAGCGGCCGAGCGAACCAACGAGCAGGGACGACCGGGGGGGGAGGAAGAAAGCGCAACAACGAGGAAGAGGCGAGGGGGCCAGGAGAAACAGGCGAACGCACGCACCACGGGAGGGGGAGGCCGCAGCAAGCGCCCGGGAAAACCGGCCAGGGGGGAGCGGGCCGGCGCAAGGAGCACGCCCCCCCGAGAAGAGGGGAAGAGGCAAAAGGCAAAAGGGGACAAGGAGAGACACGGGGGGAGCAGACAGAAGGCCAGAGCGCGGGCGACACGGCGAAGGGGAGGCGAGGGGGGCAGGAAGGCGGAGAAGAAGGGGAGCGCCGGGCGCACCAAAGGGCAGAAGGGGCGCGAAGGGGAACGAGGGGGGAGGGGGGACGGACCGGGGAGGGGGAAAAGCGGGAAAAAGAGAAAAGCACAGGGAGACGGCGAAGGGCGACCGCAGGGGGGCCAGGCCACCACGAAACAAGAGCAGGAACCGCCCCACAAAAGGGCAGGCAGGGGGGCCAAGGGCGGAAAGGGGACAAAGGGGGGCACCAAGCGAGCGAGGCGCGGGGCACCGACCAACGGGGCCAAGGGCAAAAGGCAGCCAAGGCAAAACGGGGGGGCACCAACACGGGGACAGGACGCAGGGGGGGACAGGGGGAGGCCGGGCCAACCCGCACAGCGCAAAAACCACGAAGGGCAGGGGGCACAAAGCGCCCCACCAAGCCAGCGAGCGAGGCCGCGGGGCACCGCCAACGGGGCCAGGGGCAAAACCGCCGAACGCAAAACGGGCGGGCACCAAGAAGGGCAGGGAGGCAGGGGGGGACAGGGGGAGGCCGGCCAACCCGCACAGCGCAAAAACCACGAAGGGCAGGGGGCACAAACGCCCACCAAGCCAGGAGCGAGGCCGGGGGCACCGCCAACGGGCCAGGGGCAAAACCCCCAACGCAAAACGGGCGGGCACCAAGAGGGCAGGGGAGGCAGGGGGGCAGGGGGAGGCCAGGCCAACCCGCACAGCGCAAAAACCACGAAGGGCAGGGGGCACAAAACGCCCCACCAAGCCAGCGAGCGAGGCCGCGGGGCACCGCCAACGGGGCCAGGGGCAAAACCCGCCGAACGCAAAACGGGCGGGCACCAAGAAGGGCAGGGGAGGCAGGGGGGACAGGGGAGGCCGGCCAACCCGCACAGCGCAAAAACCACGAAGGGCAGGGGGCACAAAACGCCCCACCAAGCCAGCGAGCGAGGCCGCGGGGCACCGACCAACGGGGCCAGGGGCAAAACCCGCCGAACGCAAAACGGGCGGGCACCAAGAAGGGCAGGGGAGGCAGGGGGGGCAGGGGGAGGCCGGCCAACCCGCACAGCGCAAAAACCACGAAGGGCAGGGGGCACAAAACGCCCCACCAAGCCAGGAGCGAGGCCGCGGGGCACCGACCAACGGGGCCAGGGGCAAAACCCACCAACGCAAAACGGGCGGGCACCAAGACGGGCAGGGAGGCAGGGGGGGCAGGGGGAGGCCGGCCAACCCGCACACGCAAAAACCACGAAGGGCAGGGGGCACAAAACGCCCCACCAAGCCAGGGAGCGAGGCCGGGGGCACCGACCAACGGGCCAGGGGCAAAACCCAACCAACGCAAAACGGGCGGGCACCAAGACGGGCAGGGGAGGCAGGGGGGGCAGGGGGAGGCCAGGCCAACCCGCACAGCGCAAAAACCACGAAGGGCAGGGGGCACAAAACGCCCCACCAAGCCAGGGAGCGAGGCCGGGGGGCACCGACAACCGGGCCAGGGGCAAAACCCACCAACGCAAAACGGGCGGGCACCAAGACGGGCAGGGGAGGCAGGGGGGGCAGGGGGAGGCCGGGCCAACCCGCACAGCGCAAAAACCACGAAGGGCAGGGGGCACAAAACGCCCCACCAAGCCAGGGAGCGAGGCCGGGGGGCACCGACAACCGGGCCCAGGGGGAAAACCCAACCAACGCAAAACGGGGGGCACCAAGACGGGCAGGGGAGGCAGGGGGGGCAGGGGGAGGCCAGGCCAACCGGCACAGCGCAAAAACCACGAAGGGCACGGGGCACAAAACGCCCCACCAAGCAAGGGAAAGGACAGGACAGGGCGACAGCAGAGGCGAGGCCAGGGGACCAAGGAGGGGCAGCCGCGAGAACGAAAAACGGACAGGGGGGAAGAGAGGACAAAGACAGGGAGAGAAAGCAGGGGAGGGGGAGAGGAAGGGGAGGGACGAAGCAAAGCGACAAGGGCGGAAGCGCAGGGGAGCGGGGCAGCAAGGCCACGCGGCCACGGACAAGACCCGGGCGCGGAGGGAAGGCGGCGGCAAAGGAGGCGACCCGGCGGGCGAGAGGAAGGGCGCGGCAAGGCGGCGCGCAAGGAGGAGGCGCCGGACAAGGGGCACCAACGACACGGGCCGCGGGGGGCCGAGGCCCCCGACGGCGGGGCGGCAAACAAACAACGGGCGCACGCAGCGCGGCGAGCCCGGAGGCGGACGGAGAGGCGGGCAGGCAGAAGCCAACGCACGGGAGCGGCGCGCCACGGGCGGGGCAACCAAGCGCGAGGACCAAGGGGGCGAAGCAACGGGGCCGCGCGGACGAGGGGGAAGGACGAGGGCGACACGGGCAGCAGGAGGGGAAAACGAACCGGGCGCACGACGGGCGAAACCCAGCGCACGGGCCCGAGGGGGGGGGAACAAGCCAACACGGGGGGAAGGCGGCGGCACAAGGAGAGGAAGAGCCGACAGCGAAGGAGCAAAAAGCAACGGCGCGAGGAACGCGGGGCGGCCACAAGCCAGGGAGCCCGGGGGAACGGGGCGGACACCGCGAGCGGCAAAGGCCGAAGGACGAAAGGAGCGAGAGGCCACGCGGGCACGGGGCGGAGGCGGACGGGAAAGCAGAAGCAAACGAGCGGGGACCCGGGGGGCCACACGAGAGGGCGGGGCGCGGGGAGCGCAGCGGAGGACACCGGCGGGAGCGGGGAACAGAGGGGCCGCCCCAGCCAAACGCCCCACCGGACAAGGGCGGCCGCCCGGAGCGACCGACCGAAGGCGACCGGGGGGCCAAAAAGAGGGGCAGCGCCCCGCCGCCGAGGCACGGAAGAAGGAAAAGAACGGGAAAAGGAGGGGGAGGGCACGGGCGCGGGGGCCAGCGCCCACGGAGCCGACACCGCGCAAGGCAGGGCACAAAGGCGGACGAGAGGCAAGCGCAACAGGGGCGGCGGGCCCCGCGGAGGCCGCCAAGCCCGGGCCCGGGGCGGGGGGGCGCGGGAGAGGAGACAGGGACAGGGGGAAGCGCGGGAAGCCAGGCAGGCGCGGCACGAAGGAGAGGACGAGGCAGGGGGCGACCGGAAGAGAGGCAGAGGGACGCCCGCCGGGGACCCGCGCGGGGGGAAGGGCGGCACGGGGACAGGCAGAGCACGGGGCAGAAAGCACAGGGCGGCAACAGCCGCAAGGACCAGCGCAAGGCGGGGGGAAGGAAACAGGCGGAGGCCCCGGGCCGGACCAGGGCGGAGGCGACGGGGCGACGCCCGGGGAAGAGGCCCCGAAGGGCCCGGGCCCAAGCCGGCCCCCGACCGGCACGCGACGACCCGCGCGCGCCGCGAAAGCAGCGCGAGCAGGCCACCGACAGCCGACGGGGGCGGGACGGGGACCCCCGGGCCCAGCCCGCAGAGCCAAGCCGGGGCCCGAGGGGACGGAGCCAGGGGGCCGACGGCCCGGGCCGACAGGGGCCAGCGACCAGAGGCGGGGCACCGGGGAGACCGGAGGCGGGGAGGAGGACGACCAGGCGGGGGAGGCACGCGGGCCGCCGGAGGGGCAAGGGCCGCCGGGGGCGCACCGGACACCACGCGACGGGCGGGGCGCGGCCAGCCGCGGGACCCGACCGCCGGCGGAGCCGGGGCCAGGGGGGCAGGCGGGGAAACAGAAAAGAGAACGCGGGCCGGGGCCCCCGCCGACGGCGCCGGACGCCCGAACGGGGCCGGCAGCCGCCACGGCCCGGGGCAGGAAGGGGAACCCGAGGCCCGGGCGGAGGACGCGCGGAGAGCGCGAGCAGACGGGCGGCCCCCGGCCCGGAGGAGCGACGAACCCAGGGGCAAGGGCCGGGCACAGGGAACCGGGCCCCGCGGCGGCCGGCAAAGGGCGCAGGGGAAGAGGGGCGACGACCACCAAGAGCGGCACCGACGACCGCGCCGCCCGGGCGCACGCCCGGGGGGGCAGCGACCGCCGCGCCCGCCGACGCAGCGAGGCGGGGACGGGCCCCGACGGCCGGGGAGAGGGCGCGCGCGGGAGCGCCAGCCAGGGGCGGGGCGAGGGGAGGCGGCAGGGGAGGGGGACACACGCCGGAGCGGAGGGCGACGGCCAGGACCACCGGCCGGCGGGCGGAAGCGACCAACACCCGGGGGGGGGCGAGGGGAGCGCGCAGGGCGGCACCGGAACCCAGCGGCCGGGGCAGCCCGCAGCGCCAGGGCGGCGGACCAAAAAGGGCCCACGGGGAGCGCGCGAGGCCGGGGCACGGCGCAACAGAGCAGCCGGGCCGGCCGACCGAGGGAAAGGGGAGAAGAGGGCGAGGGCGGGGCGCCCCCGAGGCCGCGAAGCAGGGGCGGGACCCGAGAGAACGCGCCCGCGGGCGCCAGCGAGCCGGAGGGAAACGGCGGAGGGAACCAGCGACGAGACGGGGCGAGGAGGCGGGCGCCCCGAGACCCAAGGCAGACGAACGAGGGGCACGGCAGGAGCGCGGCGGGCCGCCACCAGAGGGGCCGCGGGCGGCGCCCCGCGCAG